CACUCUCUCCUCUUCAUAAUUCUCCCUUCCACAUUCCUCAGCUCCUCAAACCAGAAUGGAUCAAUACGAUCACAAAUACUUUUCAGUGCAAAAGCCAUCACAGACUUCGUCAGGGCCGUACAUAAGUCCGCCGCCGAUUGGUUAUCCGACCAGAGAUAAGGCGGUGGGUGAUCCUCCGGCAGCAGCAGUGAAGACAAAUUCCAAGGGCUGCUGUGAAGUCGUAAUGGCAAUAUUACAUUGUAUUCAAGGUUGUGGCGAAUGUUUCAUGUGCUGUGCAUCAGGAUUUUCAGGAUGAUGAGACUCAAGUGAGUCUUUGCUCAAACCAGAAAAACAACAUGUACGUAAUAGAAGAUCCAUCAAUAUGUUAUUUGCUUCAUUGGUUGAAAGAGAUCCAUGAUCCCCAUUUGCUUCCUGUAUUUACUUCUUUAGAAAUCAAAGAAAAACCAAAAAUAGCUAGUCAUAACUCUCGUAUAACAACAAAUUAUGACGUAGUGAUUUUUAUUCCUAA